AUGGCAGGGAAACUUCUGGUUGACGAAGACAAGCUGCCCCACGCCGAGUUGCCUGGUUAUGGCCACACCGCGGUUGUCAGCCCCGAUGGCCACUGUAUGCUGGUGUACGGCGGGUGGGUGGCGCAGGAGAACGUCUCGCGGACUCUGUGGUGCUACAACAUGACGGCCGACAAAUGGCAAGACACGUCUGCCACCAACUCUCCAACGCCGCGGUUGGGGCACAGCGCGGUCAUGGCCAACGACAACUGCAUGUACGUCUUCGGUGGCUAUUUGGGGGCUGCAAACUCUUCCUCAGGAUACUUCGUGCCGCAAGUCGCCAACGACUGGCAAUGCUACAACGUGCAGACCAACGCCUGGACCGAAAUCACUCCGACCGGCGAUGUCCCGCUUGAGCCCCGCUACCAGCACACAGCCGUCUUGGCCCAGGACUGCAUCUACAUCUUCGGCGGUAUCAACGGCACCCAGUUCCUUUCCGAACUGGGGUGCUUCAACAUCGUCAGCCACGACUACACGCUGCUCGAGCCGGGUACAGGACGGAUGAACCAUGCUGCUGCACUGGCGCCUUCCUUCGACUGCAUGGUCGUCUGGGGCGGGCAGGGACAAAACUGGAUGCUCGUGAAUGACGGAAGCACCGUCGAGUCCUACAACUACAAGGAAGGCGCCUGGGAGCGGCGGAACGUAACGUCCCAGUACCCCGAGCCUCGGGCCGGCGCCCGGGCCGUGUACGUUCCGCAGUGGGACGCGCAGCUGUUCUUCGGGGGCUACCUGAACGGGGUGUUGCAAGCUGACUUCUGGGUUUUCGUGCCCGGGAACACGACCACCUCCACAACCACCACCUCUACCACCUUCUCGACGACAACCUCCACUUUCACGACAACGGAGCAGGCGCAGAAUAGCUGGGUGCAACUUGAGCCCGUCGGUGGCAAUGGGCCGGUGGGCCGCGACAUGUUCUCCAUGGUGCUCCGCGAAUCCGACGGCGUGGUGCUGGUCUUCGGCGGGUUCUCCUUUAACUUCACUUCAGGUAUCGACACGAUACACGAUGACCUUUGGCUGUACUCGACGCAGGGAAACUUCUGGUUGCCGAAGACGAGUUGCACUUCCCCGAGUUUUGGUCACAGCGCGGUCCUCAGCCCCGAUGGCCAGUGUAUGCUGGUGUACGGCGGGUGGGUAGCGCAGCUGGUUUUCUCGAAGACUUUGUGGUGCUACAACCUGACGGCCGAUGCGUGGCAAGACACGGGCGCGACCAAUUCUCCAGCUCCGCGGUUUGGGCACACGGCGGUCAUGGCCAGCGACAACUGCAUGUACGUCUUCGGCGGCGACCUGGGCCCGCCAAAUGUCUCCACAGGAGGUUAUGUGGCGCAGUUCGCCAACGACUGGCUGUGCUACAACGUUCAGACCAACGCCUGGACCGAAAUUACUCCGACCGGCGACGUCCCGAUUGAGCCCCGCUACCAGCACACGGCCGUCUUGGUCCAGGAUUGCAUUUACAUCUUCGGCGGCUGGAACAGCAGCUACGUGCGGCUGCCCAACCUGGAGUGCUUCAACAUCGUCACCCGCGAGCAGACGCUGCUGGAUGUUUCAGGCAUCGCGCGCACGAACCAUGGUGUGGCACUGAUGCCUUCUUUCGACUGUAUGAUGGUCUGGGGCGGGACGGGCCCGUACUUCUCCACGCCGGAUGUGGACGACAGUGUGCGUUGCUACAACUACCAGGCCGGCAGCUGGGAGUUGCGAAACGGCACGCUGGAUCAGUUCCCCCAGCCGCGGUACGGCGCCCGGGGCGUGUACGUUCCGCAGUGGGACAUGCAGCUCUUCUUCGGCGGCUACGGCUUCCAGACCAUGCAGUACUACAAUGAGCUCUGGGUCUUCCGGGCGGGGCCCACCACGACGUCCACAACGACCACCUUGACCUCCAGCUCCACGGCAACAUUCACGUUCACAGCCACGGAGCAGGCCCGGAGCUCUUGGGUCCAGCUGGUCCCGUACUCCGGGGCUACGCCUCCGGCCCGGCGGUUCCACUCGGCAGUCUUCACCAAUCGAACGGGGGUGGACCUGAUGGUGGUCUAUGCCGGCCACGAUGAAACUUCGUUCCUCGGCGACCUCUGGCUCUACGCAGUGCAGGCCAACCUAUGGGUGCAGAAAGCAUCGACGGCCAUACUGAGACUUGGGCACACGGCUGUGAUGAGUCCUGUCAACGACUGCAUGAUCAUCUUUGGUGGGGAGACGACCCCCGGCCUCGUUCACCUCAACGACCAGUGGUGCUACAACACGUCGGCCGAUUUCUGGAGCGAGAUAAACGGCUCGUCGGGGUCAGCUCCGUCGCCACGCGCCCACCACCGAGCGGUCGUUAAUGCCAGCGGCCUGGUGUUCUACUCCGGCGGGUAUGCGCAGGAUCUUCACGUGUUCGAGAUUCACCGCUACUCCAUUCAGGACAACUCCUGGAGCGGGUCGCUCGCGUUGGGAAAUCCUGGGCUCGCGCCACGUCACAGCCACACGGCAGUGCUGAUUGGGGACUGCAUGUACAUCUACGGCGGCAGGUGGGAAACCACGAGCUGGCCCAAUCUCGUCUGUUUCAACGUGCAGACUUCCGAAAUGGUCUGGCUCACUUCCAGUCGAUCCAUGUGGAGGCAUGCUGCGGCGUGGGCGCCCCAAGCAGACUGCAUGGUUCUCUUCGGUGGCAUGGAAGGGGACCAGCUGCACUACAUCGCGGAGGGACCGAUCUGCUACGCCUACUUGGACGACAGCUUCUCGGUGCUUCCCCUCAGCAACCCCCUUGUCUAUCCGGGUGUACGGGAAGGCCUCACGGCGGUCCAUGUACCGGAGCCAGAGUCAGUUCUGGUCUUCGGCGGAUACGAUGGCACGAACCCAUUGAAUGAUCUCUGGAGCUACAGAGCCCUCGUUCCGACGACGACCACGACCGCGAGUGUCUCAUCCUCAACCUCCACGUCCUCGAGCACUUCAUCCUCAACGCUUACGUUCACGACGACCAACACCUCGAUGACCAGUACCUCGAUAUCCACGUCCUUGACAUCCACAACUUCUACUUCCGAAACGGCCACCACAUCCACGGGGACGUCAGUAACAUCGACCUCCACCCGGACGAGAGGCACCAAUGUCACGGAGGCGUUUCUGGUCUUCGAAGCAAGCCAGGCUCUCGUGAUGGAGCGCGCACUCGAGGAGGCCAAGAAUUCUUCGCAGGUGGUCACGGCGGUCAGUCUGAAGGAGUACGAUGGGAGCGAGCUCCUGGCAGCUGCCAUCCGCACGGAGGAUGUCACCGAGGAUGUCGUUCUCGAGCUGGAAACGGCGAGCGUGGCCAUCCCCGGCGACCUCUCCGCCGGAUCUGCCUCCCUGGCCACCCUGGGCGAGGGUGGCGAUGUCUACAGCCUGGUCAACGACUCCCUGAAUGGCACCGGCUUGGUCUUGGCCUCGCCUCCCCUGAAGAUCGACCUCUGGGACGCGAACGGCGACCCCAUCAAGGGAGAGCUGCCUGCGCCGCUGAAGUUUAACCUCACAGCCGGGAAUGCAAGCGACGACCCCGGCGCCGCAUGCAUGUUCUGGGACGAGGACCUCGAGGAGUGGUCAUCCCGAGGCGUCAGCACGCUCGCGGGGGGGGAGGAUGGCAGCAUCGCCUGCGCCACCACGCACCUGUCCCUCUUUGCCAUCAUCAUCAACACGAUUAUCUCAACGCUCGUCUGCUCCAACGCGGCCGCGAUCUUCUCGUUGGAGGGGCUCCAGUCGCUCCUGACUGUGACGUGGAUGACGCAGCUGCCUUCGAUCCUGAACUGGACCAUGAUCACCGUCGGCAUCGUCCUCCUGGCCAUCGCAAGGAAACGCGACCGCCAAGAGCAGCAGCGCCUCCAAAAGUUGCAAAGAACCGUCGAUGCCUGCGCGCUUUGCCGCGGGCAUCGGGAGAAAGAGAACCAUGGCGUUGUCGAGGACUUGAAACAGAAUUGCACCGGGAUGCUUAAUCUCAACCUGACCAGAUCCAUCUCGUCCGUCGUCGUGCGCCACAAAACAGGGGUCAGCCUCGAUCAGCUGGACCGGGUACACCGACUCGGGGGAAGAACAGUUACCCACGACCUCGCCAAGCUCACGCUGAAAUCGUUCGAGCGGAUGGGUUGCCUGUCCAAGCUGUUUCUCCUGUAUCGCAUUAACUGCCAGUUCCUCCGCGUCCUCGAUCCCCGCAUGACUUCCACCAGCUUGCAGCGCACCGCGGUGGUCAUGGCGCGGGUUUACUCAGGUUGGGCCGUCUCUGCGACCUUCUACGGUGCGACAUCUCUGGCCCCUGACCAGCCAGACUGCGAGCCCAAAGAGGGUCUGGUCGAGAAGAUCGUCCGCUCUGUGGUUAUCGCUUGGAUCACGACUUUGGUGGGCGCGAUGCCCCUGGCAGCGCUGAUCGCCAUUGUGCAGAAGGUUUUCAUCAUUCCUGUUCGCAUCCGCAUGGUCUUCUUCUGGACUUUCCUCAUCGCCUACUUCGUCCUGUGCCUGAUGGUGGUCUGCAUCUUCAUCGCCAGUGUGAGUCCGUCAGACAGCGAGAAGUGGUUCAUAUCGUCCUUGACGAAUGUGUUGCAGGCCACCUUCCUGUCACCUCUCCUCAUCGCCUCGAUGAUGUACGUGUGGCUGCAGUGCCGGCAGUAUCGGCGCUACUGUUCUCAGGCCGUCGGCAAAUGGCAAUCCGAGUCGGACUCGCGCCGGGAGGUUCGGCUGGAGAAUAUCUCCCUGACAGAUGCUGCACUCAAGCAGCUUCUGGGCGUGAAGAGUCUGGAUCUAGCACGCGUGGCCGUCACUUGCGAGGUGGCGGGACGCGAGGAGGUGGUCACCCUCGAGGAGAACAAGGGCAGCUACCGCUCGCCUGUGCACUACAAGCUUGAUCCAAAUCAGGUCCUCAUCAUCUCUGUCUACAAGGUGCAGAUGAAGAGGCUCGAUUCCCACCUGUCUUCCAAAGCGAGCCUUGUGGACCUUGCGGAGUCAGGGGGGGGCGGCGUCGAUCACAGCGGUGAGAGCAGGAAGCUCGUGGCCUCGGCCUUUGUUGAGGUUGGGCAACUGCAGGAUGGAGGCUUCAACGGGGAGCUGCCGCUGUACGGCAUGAACAAGAGGAAGCUGAAGGUGGCGAUGGAAGCCCAGGUGGCCUCGUCCAGGCCGGGUGAAGCGUUCCAGCAAGAGAAGCCUCGAAUGGAGCCGGAGAACAAGGCCCCAUUGCUCAGCCAGACGGCGGUGACCGUGGCAGUGGAGAAGGACGAGAUGGAGGACGUGCUCGAGGUCGUGCCGGCCUCGGAAAGUCCCAGCGAAGAUGAGGAAAGCAUGGAAGUGCCACAGGAGCUGAUGAAGCCCAUCCUCAUCAUGUCACUUCAAGCGCCCGAUGGGUCCACGGAGAUGGAGGAGGAUGAGGAGGAGGAGUGUCGACAGGCAGAGCACCUGCAGGCCUCCAGCCACUCCGGAAUGCAGAUGAAGGAGGGCUCGGUCCAGCUGGCGAUGCCGCCGCCCAUGGAGGCCUCCAGCCACUCCGCACAGCAGAUGACGGAGGUCUCGGUCCAGCUGGCGAUGCCGCCGCCCAUGGAGGAGCCGCCGUUUCUCAAGCCGGACAAGGUCCCAGAGCCUCCGUCCCAGGCGACCUUGGCCAAUCCGCCGGUCUUCAGGAAGGUCGGGAUGCAGUCGCCGAAGAGCAUCCUCCCCGAGGCUCCGGCCGCCCUGGACUCCCGGAAGGUGGUGACGGCACGAACGCCGCGGACGCAGCGGCCCAACGAAGGGGAGGAGGCCGGUCGCAGCGUCCGCGAAGAACUAGCAGAGCAGGCGGCCAAAGAUCCUGACCUUUCGGACCUGAUCAAGGCUGCAGAGAACCGCUUCCGCGGGAGGAGCCCCACACCAAGUCCAAGGGCUUGGCCCACGCAGACUGGCACCUGA